AUGAUCGUGUUUUUUGUAGUGCAAGCUGGUGCUGCGGCAUAUCAGACUUGGGCUAACAACAAGAAGUUCCUGGUUGGUGAUAUUUUAACGUUCAACUUCGCCACAGGGGAGCACGACGUCCUCCAAGUACCAAAAGAAUCCUUCGACUCCUGCAGCUCAGCCAAUCCUAUUGGUGACACCAUCACCACUGGCCCUGUUAACAUUACUCUUUCUAACGCUGGCAACCACUACUACAUCUGCACCGUCGGCCAGCACUGCCAGUUUGGCCAGAAGUUAGCCAUUACCGUCUCCGGCUCUCCUACGCCCACUACUCCACCCUCCCCUCAAACUACUCCUCCCUCCCCUCAAACUACUACUCCUACCACGCCUUCUCCCUCCUCAGGGACCCCUGCUCCUUGCACUCCAACUCCUACUUCGUCCCCCGCUGCAUCUCCCAAGGCCGGCGGACCCACUGGUCAGACGCCGACCCCGCCCGACUCUUCAUCAUCUGGUGUUUUUGCUAGUUUCUUCGUCUCCUUGUUGCCCAUUGCCGCGGCUUUCCUUUUAUAAGGAAUUAAGAACACUACUCGAGAGAAUUUAUACA